ACUACAAACAAAAAUUUUCAGCAUCGAAGUUUCUUUUCUUGGACUGUUUUCUUUAUUGGUCUUUUGUCACUUUUACUUUAUAAAGGAAAAUAUUAUUUGAAUGUUGAAUCGGCGUGGAACUGAAAACAUGAAAUAUCUGUUUCCUCACGAACUCAGUGAAAGAAACUGCAAACAAACGUAUAACUCUGAUGUUUUUAACUUUCUAAAAUCCCAUUUCUUUUAAAUAUUUGGGUACAAUUUUCCUCUAACAGCAGUACCCAGAAGCGAAUGCACCUAAACAAAAUACAGGUAUAAGUUUACAGGCCGGUGAAACGCAGCCUGCUGCGGAAACGGAAGUCAUAGUGAAAGCGCACGCUUGGAUUUAACUGUGGAAACAGUAGCAGAAGCAUGUAGUUCAUGCUGUCAGUGUAAAUAUAAAAUUUUCGGUCCUCAAUAAUGACUUUUGUGGCAAAAUCGAUUAGGAUAUUAAGCAACACGUGUAUGUAAAAAUGAGUAAUCCUUGCCGGGAAGUAAUUACCUUGCAGCUCGGACAUUACGCUAACUUCGUGGGCACUCACUGGUGGAAUUUACAGGAUGCUUCACUUUGCUAUGAUAUAAGCCCAGAGGAGACACCCAGUGAAAUCUUCAGUGAUGUUCUCUUCCGACAGGGACAGACGCACUCUGGCCAAACUACUUACACUCCACGGCUCAUUGCAUUUGAUCUUAAAGGGAGUCUGAAUACUCUGAGACAGGAAGGCUGCCUCUAUGAGACCUCAUCUGAGAGCAACUCAUUGGCAUGGGAGGGAGCAGUGAUGACACACAGGGAAGAGCUAGCACAAAAGAACGAGUUUCUUGAAGACCUGGAACUGCUGGAUGGUCAAGGUCUGCCAAAGGAAAGAUUGCAAAUAAAGAACCGUAAGGAGUCCAGAGUCCCUAACACGGUGAAUGGUCAACUGGAGCAUAGUCGUAAAGCAUACAAUCUUGAGAGCAGUGUUAGAGUCUGGUCUGAUUUUCUGAGAGUUCAUCUGCAUCCUAAAACCAUCUCUAUUGUGAACCAGUAUAGCUACGAGGGAGAAUGUGAUCGUUUGGAAGCCUUUGGCCAAGGUGAAUCUCUGUUGAAAGAAAACUCAUUCCUUGAUGAUCUUGAAGACAAAUUGCACUUCUUUGUUGAAGAGUGUGACUAUCUGCAGGGGUUUCAGGUGCUUUGUGACAUUCAAGAUGGAUUUUCUGGUCUGGGAUCAAGUGUAACUGAACUGCUCCAUGAUGAAUAUGGUGGGAGGGGGAUAUUCACAUUGGGCCUGGCCCCCGUCUCUCAUCCACAAAGUAGCGUUGUAAAGGAUGUGUAUCAUCUUAUAAACUCAGUCCUGAGCUUUGUAUAUUUGUCCAAUAACAGUUCUUCCUUUUGUCCACUAUCUUUGAGAGGUGGCCUGGAACGCAGGCCAUCACCUCAUACAACUUUCCCAUAUUUGCUGUAUGAUGCAUCCAGCUGGUACCACAGUAGUGCUGUUUUGUCUACUGUCUUGGACACACUUACAUUGCCUUACCGGCUCCACAAUGGUGGCUGCUCCAUGGGUCAACUCACUGAUGCUCUAGUUUUCUCUGGAAGAAAAGUUUUAUGUGCCUCUGCUUCAGUUCCAUUCCCAAUGGUGUCGGACAAGUCUUUGCCUGAUACACUGGUUGAUUUUGGAGAAACAUUGCCAUGGAGGCCUGUAUCAGCCUGUGGGGAGCUACGUGAAAAUCGCUGUUUUGCACAAUCUGUAUGCCUACGUGGGAUCAGUCCACAUAACAUGAUUUGCAAUUUGGCUCCGGGAUCAAAACCUAUCUCCCCCCUGCAUAUCUGCACCUCAGGAGAAGAUGUGCUUAUCGAGUAUGUAAAGAGUCAGUAUCGUGGCACACUCAGUGCUGUGAAUCUGAUUCAGAGUCCUUGUAAGCUGACAGCUCCAUUUCCACAGAUAUUCAGUCCAUCAGUUAACAAGGAUGGAUUUCUGCAGAUAAAGUCAAGACCAUUUGGUUCAACUGUGAACAACAUCCCAGUGUUAACAUCUGUGCAGACGUCUCCUCUGCUGCACCAUACUUUACUACACCUAUAUUCUUCAGUAAAAUCUUUGGACUUGAGGAGAUUUAACAGCUUUUUGUCUACUGGCACUGAGUUGGAAAACCUUCAUGAAGCCCUACAGGAUUUGAGGACCAUGGCUCAAAACUACAAAAUGAAUUUUGACAUUGAUAUAUCCACUGAGGAUGAUUCAGACUGAGAUGGACAUAGGUGUAUUAGCCACUAAACAAAACUGAGAAAAUUUAAAAUCGAAUCCCAGGCAUUUCCAUUAUUAUUAUGUCUGAAUAAUACUGUGUAAAAUGCACUUUCAAUAAAGAGCUCUUCAUUCUUUACAUUAAA